UAUUGUUCGGUAGCGGUUUUGAAAAUGGCGGAUCAAUUAAAAUCAAAAAUUCGUAUCAAUGAAUUGAUAUUGGAAUAUUCAUUUACUGAAAUUUGGGAAGAGUUUAAACUCGCCAAAUCACUUUCCGAAGACACUGUUGAAUUACUUAAUGUUCUGGUGAAGAGAGAAUACUCAUCAAAUGAGUUUGUCACACAACUUCUCAGCUUUCUGAUGGUACUGUAUUGCCUCCAUGAGUCCAAACAGCCAAUUAGAGAAGAGAUUUGUGGGCAGGGUGAGUCCAUGACGCCCCUUGAAGAAAUGCACAUAUACUGGGAUACACUGGUAAACUUCCAGACUGAGGAAGAGAUUAAAGAAAUUGGACAGAGUUUUGUCAGUGUCAUCAAACAAGCGGCAAUGCAUGCGUGCCUGAGGCAAACACACUGGGCUGUGCAUGCAUGCCUGCGCCAAGGCAAGAAGCAGCUGGCUCAGCAGGUGUUUGACAAAAUGUUCACCGCUGAAGAUCGUGCCAAUGACACAAACGGCUCAGUAAAGUGCACCAAAAAGAUGAUAAAAAGGGGGACAUCAAAUGUGCCAGACGACAAGAGGCUUGUUGAUGAUAUCAUCACGUACCUAGGCAUGGUUUCCGACCAAUACGCAACUCCAGCGCUUCUGAUGGCUGAGAAAUUGAUGAACUGCAGGGAAAAUGCUGGACACAAGAACAACAACAACACACAUCUUUCAAUUCAGGGCGAAUGUUCCACGGUCAGGGAUGGAGGAAAAUUGAGAGAACCUGGCUCUAGAAAACAGCAUUCAACUGCCAGAAAGAGGUACAGCAGAGACGUAAUACAGAAGGCCCAGGAACAACUGGAGCCUGAGGACAUGACAGGCCUAAUGGAGAGAGGCAAUGCCAGGCUGAAACAACUGUGGAGCAAGAACAACAAAAAGAAGUUCAGUGAAAGUCCUGAGAGGCCUAGCAGCAGUAGUCCUGACGACAUGGACUCUCAGCAGGAGACCCAGGCCCCGCCCUCUCCUACACACACUGAUAGUGCCUCCACCUCCUGUACUGCACCGAAAAAGAGGAAACCUUCCGAGCCAGACGCGUCUCAACGUCGGUCAGGCAGCAAUUUCGAACCUUCAAAGGGGAGAUCUGUCAGUGACACCACUACAUCUAAGGGCAGUUCCGUCAGUGACACCACUCCAACGAAGGGGAAAUUUUGCAGUGACACCACUCCAUCCAAUCAGAGGUCUGGCAGUGACACCAAUCCAUCGAAGGGGAGAUCUGGCAAUGACACCACUCUGUCCAAUCGGAGGUCUAGCAGUGACUCAAACCCAUCAAAUCGGAGGUCUGGCAAUGACUCAUUCUUCCGUGAGAGACCCAGUCACACCUCCACACCGUCUACCUCUCAUGAAUUUAAGAAGCCAAAAAGUACGGAUGGGCCCUUCCCAGGGUUGAGGUAUCGCAAGAACAUUGGAAGACCUGACCGACACAAGCCUGCCACUAACAGGGCCAUGUCUGAUGUCAGCGAUAUUGAGGAUGAUAACCGGUCCAUGACUUCCUCAGGAUCAAGCAGUCGACAGCGAUGGACCUGGGAAGAGACAGUUGAAUUCUACAAGGCCGUAAAGAUGAUAGGGGUGGGGAAAUGGUCCAAAAUUCAGGAUUACCUAGGGACAACACGGUCACAGGUCCAACUCAAGGACAAAUGGAGGAAUGUUGUAAAAAGUGGAGAUGCUAAAAAGCUUAAAAGAGAAUUAGGCUAGAUAAAGAGUUAGACUUGACUUGAGUUGAAUCAGUGUAGCCCUCAAUGGUUUUAGGGAGCCAAGGCUACUCCUUUUACAAAUCUCUUUUUCUGGAUCGGAGACACUUUGCAAUAGUGUUCAUGCUCUAAUGUCGCCGUCUCAUUGUCCACUGCCUAGGGUGCUAGCCCAUGGUGUAUUUAGAACCAAACUAUGUCAUACUGAUUAAAAAGGAACUGGGAUUUUGAAAUUAAGGAUAUUGAUGUACUUUAUCUACCCCCAUUUUAACUUUUUCUAAGAAAUUUGAUGGAUGGUACAUGCCAACAUACGUUUUUUAUGCUAAUGUUUUCUACACGGUUCUAAAUAAAAAAGAAACCAAUUUACUGUAUGCUUAUUUUUAUAGCAUAAUUACAUAUGUUUGCAUCCAUUUACUUUAAUAGCAACUUAAUACUUUUUUAAGGUCACCUGUCACGAAGUGACAUGGUGAGCUUAUGUGACCGUGUGAUGUCCGGCGUCCGAAUGUGCGUGCAUGCGUGUGUGCAUCCGUCAACAAUUUGCUUGUGUGAGGGUAGAGGUCAAAGUUUUAAUCCAAUCUUUAUGAAAUUUGGUCAGAAUGUUUAUCUUGAUGAAAUCUGGGUUGGGAUUGUAUUUGGGUCAUCUGGGGUCAAAAACUAGGUCACUAGGUCAAAAACAAGGUGAAAUAAUUGAAAAACCUUGUGUAGACUAUAGAGGUCUCAGUUUUCAUCCAAUCUUUAUCAAAUUUGGUCAGAAUGUUUAUCUUGAUGAAAUCUGGGUUGGGAUUGUAUUUGGGUCAUCUGAGGUCAAAAAUUAGGUCACUAGGUCAAAUAACAGAAAAUCUUUGUGUAGACAAUAGAGGGCGCAGUUUUCAUCCACUCUUUAUGAAAUUUGGUCAGAAUGUUUAUCUUGAUGGAAUCUGGGUUGGGAUUGUAUUUGGGUCACCUGGGGUCAAAAAAACUAGGUCACUAUGUCAAAAACUAGGUCUAAUAAUAGAAAAACCUUGUAUAGACAAUAGAGGUCACAGUUUUCAUCCAAUCUUUAUGAAAUUUGGUCAGAAUGUUUAUCCUGAUGAAAUCUUGGUUGGGAUUGUAUUUGGUUAGUCAGGUGAGCGAUUCAGGGCCAUCAUGGCCCUCUUGUUUAUUUAUUUUAUGACUCUUUUUAUGUAAGAACAUUGUGAACUAUUAUGAAGGUUAAUCAGUGUGCUGUGCAACAAUCUUUUUAUGAUAAUCAUACUUAAUUUAAGUUAAACAAUUAAUGCUUUUGUUUGUUUUUAUCAAUAUGAUUGAAUAUCAAGUAAUAUCUGUAAGAAAACAAAAUAAAGUACAAUUCAGAUGGUAGACAUGGUGUUGGUUUCAAAGAUGCUGGUGCUGUUGCUGAUGAUGAAAUAAUGCUUGUAUGAUGUUUUAUGUAAAAAUAAUAAUUGGUUCCAUUAUUGGCCUUGUCAGGUUUUAUGAGUGAAUGGCAGCCGUUAUUAGUUCUUUAAACGCUGAUUUUUGGCUAAAACUUACGAUAAAUGUGAGACAUGUUCAGGAAAGGGAAAGAUAUAUGGUGGUCUAUUGACCAUUUUUCUUGUAGCGGCAAUGUAUUUAAUAUGGUGAUAUAAAGAAAAUGGUUAUGCAAAUAAACUAAAUUAUUGAGA